AUGGUGGAUUCAAAAGAGACGUCGACGAUGAACAAAGAAGACCAGGCUGCGGCUUUUUCAUGGUGGUGGGACAGUCAUAAUCGUCCCCAUCAUUCUCAGUGGCUUCAAGCUACCCUCUCUGAUUUGGAUGAGAAGACUAAACUGAUGCUGAAUAUUAUUGAAGAAGAUGGAGAUUCAUUUGCAAAGAGAGCUGAGAUGUUUUUUAAAAGAAAACCUGAGCUCAUAACGAGGUUGGAAGAUUUCUACAAAUCGUACCGUUCACUAGCUGAAAACUACGAUCAGCUAAGAUCUGAAUUGAUUCAAGCUGCUCAGCUGAGAUCAUUUUCUUCAUUAGACUCCAUCAAAGCCCAAACAAUCCAAAAAUGCGAGAAGGAAAUCUCAGGAUACUUGAAACUCAAGGCACUACCAAACAGUACCAUUGAAACCGAAACAACAUGCAGCUCCGAUGAUGCUAACUUUUAUGAGUACCUGCACAAAAAGCUGGAUGAUGGGUUGGUGUUGAUGAGUAGUGAUCACAAGGACUCCUCAGCUGGCAGUGAUAAGACUAUGAAGGCAGGAGGACUUGAUGGCAACAUGGACGAGGAAUUACGCAGUAUAGAGAAGGCAAAAAUAUGGGAGGAAAAGGUGUCAGAACUGAUAGAUGAAAACACGCAUCAGCAGGAGAAAUUGAUAUCGAGUAUUAAGGAUAAAAGUGAGACAAUCCAGAAGCUAAAGGAAGAGAACAGAAUUUUGAGAGCUCAGCUGGCAAGAGCUACUGAUACGAAGAAAAACGAACGUCCAAAGUCCAAAUCCAAAGGGCCCUCUUUCAUUAUUGGAAGGCUCACAGGAUGCACUCGAUCUCCUUAA